AUGGCUGCUGAUUGUGGUAUUGGUAUCUGGCCGACGCAAUUACCCCGGUACGCUGAAGCGGUCUCACUUCCGGAUGACGCCUAUGAAGAUAACCUGGUCCACAAGAGGGAAAUAAGUGAUCCCCCAUUUGUUGCCUUAAUUUCGACCAGUGUCAAUCUAACUUCCAUUGACAGGCUCUUGAUGUACGGAGACUGGCAAGAACUAAUUCAUCCACUGGGUGGUACAUAUUUCUACAAUCUCAAACAGAACGCGUAUACUAUGACAAAUAUGAAGACCUGUCGGAACAUGCAGACACUCGACGCAUUUCUUAAUGCAUCACGAGCUGCGGCGCAAGAAGAUGCGUGGACAUUGGUCGUUCAGCCGACGCUGUUUAUGGGUGAGGAAAGAUUUCAAUACUAUUAUGUAGUCCCCGGCAGCCGCAUCAUUACCUGGCUAGAGGACCUGGACGGCUACAUUCUUUUCCGAGCUUGUGUCAAGCCAAGCGAAUGGAAGCACAAGAGCCUAUUAUCUGCAAAGGAAGGUGCUGAUGCUUCUGGUUAUCACAUGCAUACCGACCUGUUUUUACGUCUUGAGGUUCCAUUCUAG